UUUUUAUAAGUAAAAAAAAAAUCAUAUUGUCGAGUAUAGGGGCAAUGAAUUAUGAACAACUCAACUAAUUUGUUGGUUGGAGGAGUCGAACCCAAGACACCGACGUGAAACCAAAUGCCGCGACCACCGAUGCAUCUGACGAACCCUAAUCCCUAAACCCCUAAACCCCUCGCCCCCAAUUUUUGAACUCGCAGAACCGAUAGCUAUAUAUAGUCCCCAAAAUCUCAACUUUUACAAAAGAACGAUUCUCCAACUUGGACAUUUCAUCUGCAAUGGCUAUGGAGCUAGAAGAAGCAGAGGGGAAGACUGUAUUGUGCCUUCUGACGGACCCAGAUGGGACUCCAUUAGGAAGCUCCGUCUACCUUCCUCAGAACACUGAGCCGCAACACCUUCAACAAAUCGUCAAUCAGCUUCUUAAAAAUGAGGAGAGGCUACCUUAUGCUUUCUAUAUACAAGAUCAGGAACUUCUUGAGUCACUUGGAAAAUAUGCUGAGAAGAAGAAAAUUUCGGUGGAGAAGGUACUCAACAUAGUUUAUCAACCACAAGCUGUUUUCCGAAUUCGUCCCGUUCAUCGUUGCUCGGCAACAAUUGCUGGUCACACAGAAGCUGUACUCUCAGUUGCUUUUAGUCCUGAUGGCCAACAGUUGGCUAGCGGUUCUGGUGAUACAACUGUCCGACUAUGGGACCUUAAUACUCAGACGCCAUUGCACACAUGUACAGGACAUAAGAAUUGGGUCCUAUCUAUUGCAUGGUCACCUGAUGGUAAGCAUCUUGUUAGUGGCAGCAAGUCUGGAGAACUUCAAUGUUGGGAUCCACAGACAGGGAAGCCAUCAGGCCAUUCACUUGUUGGUCACAAGAAAUGGAUUACUGGAAUUUCUUGGGAACCAGUCCACCUUAGCGCUCCGUGUCGACGCUUUGUAAGUGCUAGCAAAGAUGGUGAUGCACGCAUAUGGGAUGUUACGUUGAGGAAAUCUGUUAUAUGUCUUAGUGGCCACACCCUUGCAGUAACUUGUGUAAAAUGGGGUGGAGAUGGUGUCAUAUAUACAGGCUCCCAGGAUUGUACUAUCAAAGUAUGGGAGACCACUCAAGGAAAACUAAUUCGUGAACUGAAGGGUCAUGGUCAUUGGGUUAACUCUCUUACAUUGAGUACUGAAUAUGUUCUUUGUACUGGAGCAUUUGAUCACACUGGCAAGCAAUAUUCGUCUCCAGAGGAAAUGAAGAAGGCAGCUUUGGAAAGAUAUAACAAAAUGAAAGGCAAUGCCCCUGAAAGAUUGGUUUCUGGAUCUGAUGAUUUUACUAUGUUUCUAUGGGAACCUUCUGUCAGCAAACAACCUAAAACUCGCAUGACAGGUCACUAACAGCUUGUAAACCACAUCUGCUUUUCACCUGAUGGGCAAUGGAUAGCAAGUGCCUCAUUUGAUAGGUCUGUCAAGUUAUGGAACGGUACUACAGGAAAAUUUGUUGCAGCAUUCCGAGGCCAUGUUGGCCCUGUCUACCAGAUCAGCUGGUCGGCAGACAGUAGGCUACUUUUAAGUGGCAGCAAAGAUUCAACUCUCAAGGUUUGGGAUAUCAGGGCACGGGCGCUAAAACAAGACCUUCCAGGCCAUGCAGAUGAGGUUUUUGCUGUCGAUUGGAGUCCAGAUGGUGGGAAGGUUGCUUCUGGUGGUAAGGAUAGAGUUCUGAAGCUAUGGAUGGGCUAGAUUAAUGGUAGGCCAUAGUACGAGCAACUACAUGAUUGAAAUACACAAUGGUAGUAAUUGUGCAUUGAAGUAUUUGGCACCGUAUACAUAAUGUAUACUAUACGACUACGGGGAUAUGAACAAGGAUUUGGGAAUCUAAGUAUCAGUCACAAGAAAGGUUGACAUGAAAAGCUCCUAAAUCAGAAUUAAAGUUUUUGAUGCAUUGGGUGCAAGCAUUCUGCGUGGUCGAGCAUUUUCGGAGCUGUCUGAUGUGGAAUAGCAGGGCAGUUAAGUUUUCUUCAUUAGAGUUGUGCCAUAAAGUAGUUUUAUAUAUUUCUUUCCUGAACUAAUAUUUGUUUUUGGUUAUAUUGGAGGGAAACGAACCCUGAACUAAUAUUUUACGUUAGUACUCUGGAAAUGUAUACCUGCAGCUGAUUCCGGUCUUCUGCUGUCAUGCCAAUAUAUGCUUAUAUCAUUUCUUAGCUCUCA